GAUAUUCAGUGACCAGCUGGCCAAUCAGGACUUGCCAAAGUCCCAGUACAAGGAGUUUGCGCGGUUCUGUGAUGCCACGACGGCCAUCUUCAAGGCCAUGUUAGAUGGGAACCUGGCGGACACUCUGAAAACGUUACCGCCACAUUAUUCUUAUCUUCCAAAUGAGUUUAAAGUUAAAAGAAUCAAAAGGCUAUCGCGU